AUGUCUGACCCACUGAAUGUAUCUGGAGUGGAGCACAGACCGAGUAGUUGGGUGGGAUUCGAUGAAAUUCCUAUGACAACACCGUCAGAGAUAAGGCCGGGAUCAGCUGCAGAUGAAGGACGACAUAGUGUAGCCAGAGAGGAAAGUAUUGAAAUGGAAAGUGGUAGAGAAAGUGUAGCUGUUGAGGAAAGACUGGAUGUUGAGGAUGGUGAUAGACCAGUAGUUACCCCUCUCCCAACUAAUGAAAUGAUCACUGAUCCUUCCAAACUCGGUCAGCCUCCGAUAGUGCAUGCAAUGCAAGAGUACAGUGGCUCCAACUCAAUGGAAAAAGAUCCACCUGAUCACCCAAUACCCAGCAAAAGGAAUGCGAAAAUUAUCACAACCAUAUACCCUGAGAACAACAGUUGCGCAUGGGUCAUUCCUCCACGGUAUGAACCUUCCAGUAUGCCAAAUGCUCUCCGAGCAGAAGGAGUUGAUAUCCCCCAAUCCGAUUUUGUAAUGGCAAUGGAGAUAUUGACGAACGACUAUCGGUUUCGAAGUUUCUCCACUUUGUACUCAAGACUUAUAACAUUUUGGAUGGUUCUAUCAAUUGUUGUGCUGCUCGUGGUUCUGUUUAUGAACACUGAGGGCGGACUUCCUAUUAUGAUAUUCUGUCUCGUGUGGAUAUUUGUUCUCUUUGCUGGAAUAAUUGGAUGUGCCAUAAUAAGGAAGCAGAUCCGAAUCGGGCUGCGUCACUCUGUCCAGUCGGCAAACAAAGUUCUGAUUAAGAACAACAUUCUCGCCGGGGUGGAAGAUCGUGGACAAUUGAGUUGUCAUAAAGUUGUGAUAAACUUCCUAUGGUUCGACAUCGAAGAUUGUAUUCCUGAUUUGGAGAGACUCAUAAGAAUUGAAGCCAGUGGUGGUGCUGUAGUUUAUGGAGGUGAAACUCUCUCAGCUUCAGGCAAGCAAUUGACGAAACGUGAAAUCGAAGACAAGGCUAAGCAAUUAAUUUUGAAAUACAGUCAGGGAUAUGUGAAAGACACCGUCAAGAAACGUCUUGUUUUCCCUUCGAGGCCCGGACUGGGAGUGUCAGAGUUCGUGCCCCGACAUUGUGCAAAGCAACAGUGUUUGUGUCAAUACAUUGAUAAGAAACAUUUCAAUCGUUCUCCCAAGAAAUGGUAUGACCAUUUCGUCUAA